AUGCCCCGCCGCCGCAAGCCGCCCCGGCCUGGCGCCCUCGCCGACCUCCCGCCGCUGCGCAUCGCCUCGCAGAUCGCCGCCCUUCAGGGGCUGUACUACGCCGCCGCCCUCGUGCUGAUGGUCUUCACGGCGCUUGUUGCCGGCACCGGCUUCGGCCUCGACCUCGUCUUUGGCUGGGAGGCCGUCCGGGGGGACACCACGCAGGGGUGGCUGGGCGCCUUUGUGUGGGUGCUGGACGGGGGUCUCUGCAUGGCCGUCGCCAUCAUCGUCCUCAUCGGCCGCUCCAAGCUCGUCCCCGACUUCGCGCUGACGAUGCACGGCAUCCACCUCGUCGUCGUGAGCCUGUACACCGGCCGCGUGCCGCGGAACACCAUGUGGUGGGGUGCCAUGGUCGCCAGCUCGGGCAUCUGCGUGGCGCUGGCGAUCUGGGGGUCCAGGUAUCGCGAGCUGCAGCCGAUAUCGUUCGGCGGUGCGGGCGCGGGCAACGGUGGUGGUGGCGCCGCGGGGGCCGGCCGCGGCGACGGAGCGCAGAACGGGGGCCCAGGGGGUGACGAGGAGGCCGGGAUCGGCUUCUCGAGGGGCCGCGGGCGCGGGAGGGGGAGGGACGGAGAGGGCGGGUACGAGAUGGUGGGGAUGGACCACGAGAGGAGGGAUUCAUGA